CAUCACUUCAUCAGUAUUCAGAAUUCAGUAGUGUAAGUCGUCGCUGCUAAGUGGGAGCACUCCUCGGCGCUGACCCAUCUCACUCUCUUCUCUUCUCUUCUCUUCUCUCUUUCUCUCUCUCUCGAAUGGCCUUCGUUCGCGCACCGUCACCGUUUCUUCUCGUCCUUGUUCUAGCUCUCUCGAUCUCCGCCGCCAUUACCGCCACCACCACUGUUCCCCAACCGAUCUCCGAUCAUCACCGAUCCGCCGCAUUGAACCUCUUCGCCCCUUCUCACGGAUCGUUUCCCAGUUUGCAGGAUGCGUAUGAGGCUCUCAGGGUUUUUGAGAUUCUAGGGAUUGAAGAGAAGCACCGUGUGAGCACGGACACAUGUAAGGUGGUGUUGGAAAAUCUGAGUUCGUUGUCAUCGUCUCUUAAGGAUUUGUUCUAUGCUUUGAAAGUUAAUGGCAUAUUGAAAUGCAAGGUUAAUGGGGAGGUUUUCGAGGGUAUUGCUUCAAGACUCAAGGCUUCUAUCAGCGAUGCAAGUCCUUUGCCUGACCUAUACUACUCAAUAGGAGGUUUGGUUCUCAUAAAGGAUCAGGAUUCAAAUGUUGAUGUUCUUCUUGCUGAUGCCACGGGAACUUUUCAGUCAAUCAAGGCUCAAAGCCAAAGUGAUGGAAAAUGGCGCUACAGUUCUGACAAAACAGAAUCCAGUGCCUAUGCUGCUGGAUUAGCAUUUGAAGCCCUUGCUGGAGUGAUUUCACUAGCAUCAUCUGAAAUUGAUCAGUCUAAGGUCAAUACUGUAAAACAUGAUAUACUGAAGCUUUUUGGCAGCAUUGAGAAAAAUGAUGAUGGAAGCUUCUAUUUUGAUGGGGAAACUGUUGGUGGGCAUGAGCAUCAGGAUUCCCUUUCCACGACCUCUUCAGUUGUUCGAGGGGUUACUGCAUUUGCUGCUGCAGUUUCUGGAGAAAUAAAUCAGCUUCCAGGGGAUAAAACAUUGGGUUUAGCAAAGUUUCUCUUGGGCAUUGGAGUCCCAGGAGAUGCUAAGGACUUCUUCAAUCAAGUUGAAUCGUUAGCUUUUCUGGAGAGCAAAAGGGUUACCAUCCCAUUGAUAUUGUCACUUCCUGAAACGGUCUAUUCAUUAACCACGAAAGGCCAACUUAAGGUUCGUGUGAGUACAGCACUUGGUUCAGCCGCACCACCUCUAGUAGUUAAGCUUGUCCGAGCUUUCAGUUCUGGUGCAAAAGAUUCAAGUAUUAUUGAGAGCAAGGAACUCCAGUAUGACAAAAGAAGUGGACUUCAUGUCUUGGAUGGUUUCACAAAUAAUGUGGAUGUGGGAACAGAUGUGUUUGUUUUUGAGAUUGUGCUUCAUGACUCUCACAGUAAACAAGUUUAUGCUACCGGCGGCCAAAUUCACAUGCCUAUAUAUGUUACUGGAAUUAUUGCAGUCAGCAAUGCAGAAAUCGGAGUUCUGGGUGACCUUGGAAGUGUCCAGACAAAAAAAGCGCUAGAUCUUGCCGGAAAUGAUGUUGUUUCAUUUUCAGCUAACCAUCUGCAGAAGUUGCGGUUUUCUUUCCAAUUGGCAACUCCUCACGGUCAUGUUUUUAAGCCACAUCAGGCAAUUUUGAAGUUUAGGCAUGAGAUAAAGGUAGAACACGUCUUUGUGAUUGGAAAUGUUGGCAAGAAGUUUGAGAUCACUCUGGAUUUUCUUGGCCUGGUGGAGAAACUGUUCUAUCUCUCAGGCAAAUAUGAUAUUGAGCUGACUGUUGGUGAUGCUGCCAUGGAAAACUCUUUCAUACGGUUGCUUGGCCAUGUCAAAUUAGAUCUUCCGGAAGCACCUGAGAAGGCAGCCCAACCUCCUGCACCCCCAGUUGACCCGUACUCAAGAUAUGGGCCCAAAACAGAGAUAACUCACUUAUUCAGGACCCCUGAAAAGCGACCACCUCAGAAUCUCUCUAUUACUUUCUUGGGUUUGAUCCUUUUGCCAUUCCUUGGCUUUUUAAUUGGGUUAUUACGUUUGGGGGUGAACCUGAAGAAUUUCCCCAGUUCAACAGUACCUGCUGCAUUUGCCUUGCUGUUCCAACUCAGUAUUGCCGCAGUGCUGUUGCUUUAUGUACUUUUCUGGUUGAAGCUGGACCUGUUCACUACUCUCAAAACACUUGGCUUUUUGGGAGCUUUCUUGAUGUUUUCCGGGCACCGGAUUCUCUCCUAUCUUGCUUCGACAUCAACCAAGUUGAAAUCUGCAUGAGUGAAGCAAGUAAUGUCUAUUAUAUAAAGCGAUGACUAGAUAACUUGAGUUUUUCACUUUAAGGAAUUUUUUAACUGAUCCAAUUUUGUAGGACCCUUGUUAUACUAGUUAAUAACAAAUUUAGAGAGCUCAAUUUAGAGACAAGUGCUAAAAUUUUAUGGUCAUAAAGUUUUAUCCUUGAAUCAAUCACCUGAUUUUAACAUAUGCUAUAUGGCCUCAGUAUCAUGGUAAGCUAAGAUUCAAUUUGAAUUUGAGAGGACUGUUGAUGUUUUAGGGUGUGAUUUGUUGGGAAGAAAUGCAGGAAGCAGUAGGUUAAAGAGUAAAACUUGGUUCCUCCAAAAAUCACGAAAUAUAUGAUAAUAACGUCUCGAGUUUUAGCUAAUGGAUUAGAGGUUAGUGUUU